AUGCAGACAACGCCAUCUGUUGGCGUCGGUGUAGCGUCUGCGAAAGGCUCCUGUGUCAUACUUCAGUUAGGAGGUGAGCUCGACGAUGAUGACUUCUGCUGGUUAUCUGAUGAAUCACGUUAUCAGUCGUUGCCACGUGAUGAAGUAACACGUUACCAGUCGGCGCCACGUGGGGAAGUAUCACGUUACCAGUCGGCGCCACAUGCUGAAGUAACACGUUACCAGUCGUCGCCACGUGAUGAAGUAUCACGUUACCAGUCGGCGCCACGUGGGGAAGUAUCACGUUACCAGUCGGCGCCACGUGAUGAAGUAACACGUUAUCAGUCGUCGCCACGUGAUGAAGUAACACGUUACCAGUCGUCGCCACGUGAUGAAGUAUCACGUUAUCAGUCGUCGCCACGUGAUGAAGUAUCACGUUAUCAGUCGUCGCCACGUGGGGAAGUAUCACGUUAUCAGUCGUCGCCACGUGGGGAAGUAUCACGUUAUCUGUCGUCGCCACGUGGGGAAGUAUCACGUUAUCAGUCGUCGCCACGUGAUAAAGUAUCACGUUAUCAGUCGUCGCCACGUGGGGAAGUAUCACGUUAUCAGUCGUCGCCACGUGAUGAAGUAUCACGUUAUCAGUCGUCGCCACGUGAUGAAGUAUCACGUUAUCAGUCGUCGCCACGUGGGGAAGUAUCACGUAAUCAGUCGUCGCCACGUGAUGAAGUAUCACGUUAUCAGUCGUCGCCACGUGGGGAAGUAUCACGUUAUCAGUCGUCGCCACGUGAUGAAGUAUCACGUUACCAGUCGUCGCCACGUGAUAAAGUAUCACGUUAUCAGUCGUCGCCACGUGAUGAAGUAUCACGUUAUCAGUCGGCGCCACGUGGGGAAGUAUCACGUUAUCAGUCGGCGCCACGUGAUGAAGUAUCACGUUAUCAGUCGGCGCCACGUGGGGAAGUAUCACGUUAUCAGUCGUCGCCACGUGAUGAAGUAUCACGUUAUCAGUCGGCGCCACGUGAUGAAGUAUCACGUUAUCAGUCGGCGCCACGUGAUAAAGUAUCGCGUUACCAGUCGGCGCCACGUGAUAAAGUAUCACGUUACCAGUCGGCGCCACGUGGGGAAGUAUCACGUUAUCAGUCGUCGCCACGUGAUAAAGUAUCACGUUAUCAGUCGUCGCCACGUGAUGAAGUAUCACGUUACCAGUCGUCGCCACGUGAUAAAGUAUCACGUUACCAGUCGGCGCCACGUGGGGAAGUAACACGUUACCAGUCGGCGCCACUUGGGGAAGUAACACGUUAUCAGUCGUCGCCACGUGAUGAAGUAUCACGUUACCAGUCGGCGGCACGUCAUGAAGUAUUCUUGCUAAGAAACACAGACUUUGAAUUUGACAAGAAUAAGGAGAAUCACAAUAUUAGAAAGGAACAGAUUCCCAACAUAAGAUUAACUUAA